AUGCUCAUCCUCCAUCUCAUCUCCCGUCUCGUCCCUCUCCUCGCUCUCAUCACAUGUUCAUUUGCGGCCGAAGACUUCUACAAGAUCCUUGGAUUAGACAGAUCUUGCUCAGACCGUGAUCUGAAGACAGCUUAUCGGAAACUUUCCAAGAAGUAUCACCCAGACAAGGCCACGGGAGACGAGAAGAAGUUCCUGGAAGUUACAGAAGCAUAUGAAGCCCUGUCCGACGCCACGACUCGCAAGAUCUACGAUCAGUAUGGUCAUGAAGGGCUAGAGAACCAUAAACGAGGAGGUGGUGGAGGCGGCCAGCCUCAUGACCCUUUCGACCUUUUCUCCCGAUUCUUCGGCGGCGGAGGCCAUUUUGGUCGUGGCGGUGGCGGCGGGGUACGAAGAGGUCCCGACCUAGAAGUCCGACUACACGUUCCUCUGCGAGACUUCUACACAGGCGGGGAAACGGAGUUUACAAUCGAAAAGCAACAAAUCUGUGAUGAAUGUGAGGGAUCAGGUUCGGCGGACGGACAAGUCGAGACAUGCAAUAAGUGCAGUGGUCGAGGAAUCGUCAUCCAGAAACACAUGCUCGCACCGGGGAUAUUCCAACAAGUCCAGAUGCAAUGCGACCAAUGCGGGGGCCAGGGGAAGACGAUCAAACACAAAUGCAAAGUAUGUGGGGGAAACAAGGUCGUGAGAGGCCCCACGACCUUGACUGCCGUGAUUGAGAAGGGAAUGCCCAAGGGCCACAGACUCGUCUUCGAAAGUGAAGCGGAUGAACAUCCUGAUCACGUCGCGGGCAAUCUCUACGCAUACAUAAUGGAGACCGAGCCAGCCAUCAACGAAGAUGAAGCAUCGCGGACUGACGGGACAUUCUUUCGUCGGAAGGACAACGACCUAUACUGGAAGGAGGUUCUCUCGCUCCGAGAAGCGUGGAUGGGCGAGUGGUCUCGCAACAUCACGCACUUGGACGGGCAUGUGGUCCCAUUGUCUCGCAAGCGCGGCGAAGUCGUUCAACCCGGCCAGACUGACACGAUCAAGGGUGAGGGGAUGCCCGUUUAUCACGAAGGACACGUACACGAGCAUGACCAUGAUGGCCCCGAGUCUGGAAAUUUGUAUGUGCAGUACGUGGUUGUGCUGCCAGACCAGAUGGAGACGGGGAUGGAAAAGGAAUUCUGGGCUGUGUGGGAGAAGUGGAGGAAGAAGAAGGGGGUGGAUUUAUUGAAGGACAGUGGUAGGCCAGAGCCAAGUGUAUUAGUAAAAGACGAACUAUAG